CCCGCGGCCCCCAGUCGGCCCUUGCUGCGCACUCAGGGCCUCCCGCGGUCCCCAGCGACCCGUCAGCUCUCCUCUGGCCCUUUCCACGGGGGCCGUGCCUUCCCAUCAGGGUCCGCGGGCGCAAUGGAGCGCGCUGCGGGUCCGCUCCGAAAUGCCUUCUCGAGUCAGGUUCUCAAAAGCAAAACCUCGGGGGCCCCGCCGGACUGUGGCAUGCCGUACAGUAGUCUGCCCGCCGAGCCCCGGGCGUCGCGGGGGAAUCGUGCCGGGGCUCCCCAUCCGGCGCCCGAGCGGUCACCGUGCCCAGGAGGCGCGUUCUUGCCUGUCACCUCCCACCCAGAGGAGAGGCGCGCCCUCGGGGUAAGCCCAGAACCUGCCAGCUCCGUGCUCACGGUGCCUGGACAGCCUCGGGACUCUGCCAGGUGGAUGUUGUGCGUAGCCGGAGCCAAGUUGAAGAGGGAACUCGAUGCCACCGCAACAGUAUUGGCGAACCGGCAAGAUGAAAGUGAGCAGUCUAGAAAGCGGCUCAUCGAGCAGAGCCGAGAAUUCAAGAAGAACACUCCAGAGGAUUUGCGCAAGCAGGUAGCGCCACUGCUGAAGAGCUUCCAAGGCGAGAUUGAUGCACUGAGUAAAAGAAGCAAAGAAGCUGAGGCAGCCUUCUUGAAUGUCUACAAAAGAUUGAUUGAUGUUCCAGAUCCUGUGCCAGCUCUGGAUCUUGGGCAGCAGCUCCAGCUCAAAGUGCAGCGCCUGCACGACAUUGAAACGGAGAACCAGAAACUUAGGGAAACUCUCGAAGAAUACAACAAGGAAUUUGCUGAAGUGAAAAAUCAAGAGGUUACGAUAAAAGCACUUAAAGAGAAAAUCCGAGAAUAUGAACAGACUCUGAAGAACCAAGCUGAAACUAUAGCUCUCGAAAAGGAACAAAAGUUACAAAAUGAUUUUGCAGAAAAGGAGAGAAAGCUGCAAGAGACACAAGUGUCCACCACCUCAAAGCUGGAGGAAGCGGAACAUAAAGUUCAGACUCUGCAAACAGCCCUGGAAAAAACUCGAACAGAAUUAUUUGACCUGAAAACCAAAUAUGAUGAAGAAAUUACUGCCAAGGCCGAUGAAAUUGAAAUGAUCAUGACGGACCUUGAAAGAGCAAACCAGAGGGCAGAGGUGGCUCAGAGAGAGGCGGAGACCUUAAGGGAGCAGCUCUCGUCAGCCAAUCACUCUCUCCAGCUGGCUUCGCAGAUCCAGAAGGCGCCGGAUGUGGAGCAGGCCAUAGAGGUGCUGACCCGCUCCAGCCUGGAAGUUGAGUUGGCUGCCAAAGAGCGAGAGAUCGCCCAGCUGGUGGAGGACGUGCAGAGACUCCAGGCCAGCCUCACCAAGCUGCGGGAGAACUCAGCCAGCCAGAUCUCCCAGCUUGAGCAGCAGCUGAGUGCCAAGAACAGCACACUCAAACAACUGGAAGAAAAACUCAAAGGACAGGCUGACUAUGAAGAGGUGAAGAAAGAACUAACUAUUCUGAAAUCCAUGGAGUUCGCACCGUCCGAGGGAGCUGGGACACAGGACGCAUCCAAGCCCCUAGAGGUGCUGCUGCUGGAAAAGAACCGCUCGCUGCAGUCCGAGAACGCCGCCCUGCGCAUCUCCAACAGCGACCUGAGCGGGCGCUGUGCAGAGCUACAGGUCCACGUCACCGAGGCCGUGGCCACAGUGGCUGAGCAGAGGGAGCUGAUUGCCCGCCUAGAGCAAGACCUCAGCACCAUCCAGUCCAUCCAGCGGCCUGACGCCGAGGGCGCAGCUGAGUAUGGCCUGGAGAAGAUCCCAGAGCCCAUCAAGGAGGCCACCGCCCUGUUCUAUGGACCCUCUGCACCAGCCAGUGGCACCCUCCCCGAGGGCCAGGUAGACUCGCUGCUCUCCAUCAUCUCCAGCCAGAGAGAGCGUUUCCGGGCCCGGAACCAGGAGCUGGAGGCUGAGAACCGCAUGGCCCAGCACACCAUCCAAGCCCUGCAGGGCGAGCUGGACAGCCUGCGUGCUGACAACAUCAAGCUCUUCGAGAAGAUCAAGUUCUUACAGAGCUACCCUGGCCGGGGUGGUGGCAGCGAUGACACAGAGCUGCGCUAUUCGUCUCAGUAUGAGGAGCGCCUGGACCCCUUCUCCUCCUUCAGCAAGCGGGAGCGGCAGCGGAAGUACCUGAGCCUGAGCCCAUGGGACAAGGCUACACUCAGCAUGGGGCGGCUGGUUCUCUCCAACAAGAUGGCACGCACCAUUGGAUUCUUCUACACACUGUUCCUGCAUUGCUUGGUCUUCCUGGUGCUCUACAAGCUGGCAUGGAGUGAGACCAUGGAGAGAGACUGUGCCACCUUCUGCGCCAAGAAGUUUGCUGAUCACCUGCACAAGUUCCACGAGAAUGACAACGGGGCGGCGGCUGGUGACUUGUGGCAGUGACAUCCAGGGGCCUCCCCCACAUGACAGUGAUGGCUGCCUUCCCCACUCCUGCUUAGUUAGCUGCUUCUAAGGACUCAGGCUUCUCUAGAGAAUCCCCCACAAAAACUGCCCUUGCCCUCCUCCCAAUAGCACGAGAGGCCCCAGGUCCCCUUGGGCCCCCUUAAAAGAAUGUCUCAGCCACAUCAGGCCUCCUAGAUCCAAAAGGUCCCAAAGGCUCAGCCAGGCUGAGCCAAAGGGGCCCCUCAGUCUCAUCUCAGGCUGGUGACCCAGCCCAAGCCCUGCCCACAGCCUGAUCGCUAGCCCUGGUGGCAAAGACGCUUGACACUGAGUUCCCACUGAUUCUGGCCAUGGUCAAUCCAGUUGGGAUCCCCUGGGCCUCUCUGUGCUAGACCGUGGGAUCCCCUAGGGCUCCCCUAGGAUACACCCCUGCCCCAAGAGGUAGAGGGCCCUUCUUUGCAGGUCAGUAGGCUUUGAGUCCAGCUCUCCGGCCUGCUUUUGUCAUAUCUCACCCAACCCCAAGGAGCCCAGGAGGGCAGAAUAGUUUCUGUUACCCUUUUCCUGCCCCCAGACCCACCAUGAUUUUUGCUUUCUUCUUUAGCAAGAUAUUCUGGCUUCUAAGCAAGAAGAAGUCUCCAGUAGCUCCCCCAUGCCCUGGACUCUUCAGACCCAAUGACUGGUCUGAGGCCCAGGUGCUUCUCAGCCAAGCAGAACAUCCUAGCAUGGCCACCUUGGGGCCACUGGAAGAUCUUUCUAAGUUAGAUUUGCACUUGCAUGUUCAGCUUUGCACAUUUUGAAUAAACACAUGGUUGCAGCCACA